AUGCUUUAUCGUCAUUCGAUUGUGUUAAGUUUAUAUGUGCUUGCACGUUGUCUUUAUCUUUCAGGUACAAGAAUAUGCUCAGAGUUUUCUUGCUAUCUGCUUGUUGAGACUGUUCAGAGCUGGGACGCUGCAAAGGAUCACUGUGAGUCGUUGGGGGGAUUUUUAGCUGACAUAAAAUCGCAAGAAGAACAAGAGUUCCUAGACAAAACUCUUCUGUCGAAAAGCAGCAUCGCUUCUGACAACGUAUGGAUUGGUGGUACGGACUGUGAAGAAGAAGGCGUGUUUGUGUGGCUAGAUGGUACAUCGGUAGCCAGUGGCUAUGUGAACUGGAUACCCGGAGACCCAAACAACGGGCUAAAUGCGGAACAUUGCAUGGAAACAUUUCGUUACCAUAACAACAAAUGGAAUGAUAAAAAGUGCAGUGAACAGAGAGCAAGUAUUUGUGAAUUCAAAUAAACUACCCAUAUACUGUCAUACUGAUGAAGUUUGCAGAGCUUUUCCAAUUACUGUGAAAACAUAUUCAACUUUAAAACUUCAAACUCACGAAUUCAUAUUCAUAAUAGUCGUGUGGCGGAUGUCUCGAAAUUUCAUGUCUACGAAAUUAAAUUGUGUCAAAGUCUGUUAUCAGCCAUCAUUCUAAUGGUACAAGAAGAAACAGCUAACAAAAUUGGUGUAAGGACCUCAUUAAAAUUUUCUAUCUUGAAACUGAAGGAAAAGGACGUGAAUUCAAAGCUUCUUAGUUUGAUGUUAAUUUAUGUGAACCACAGAAAUAUGCAAGCAGGGAUUAAGUUAUUCACAACUGAUGUGAAAGACUUUCAAAGAGAUUAUUUGCCCGUGUUGUAAUAAUCUCAGAAUGACUAUUGGCCCGUAAUGUAAAAAAAAAAUCUAAAAUUAACUAUUGGCCCGUAAUGUAAAAAAGAUCUAAAAUUAACUAUUGGCCCGUAAUGUAAAAAAAAUCUAAAAUUAACUAUUUGCCCGUAAUGUAAAAAAGAUCUAAAAUUAACUAUUGGCCCGUAAUGUAA